GAGCCCAGCGAGCGGCCGGGGGCCUCCCGGUCCGGUAUAAAAAGCCUGCAGAGCCCUGCGGAGGGGAAGUUAGAUCCAGACACCAGCAGCAAGCGGAGGAACCUGCAGGAAAAAGAAAGGAAAGAAAGUCACAAUCAUGAACAGCAUCCACUCCCUGGCUGGUCUCCUCCUGGUCUGCUGCUUGGUCCGCAGCAGCUGGCAGGCGUCUGCACACGAGGCCGAUGGCAGGUACGAGGCAGAAGACUCGAGGUCAGCCACGCCCAGUGAGCUGUCCGGCCCCAAGAGACACUCGGAGGGGACGUUCUCCAACGACUACAGCAAAUACCUGGAGGACAGGAAGGCGCAGGACUUUGUUCAGUGGUUGAUGAACAACAAGAGGAGCGGUGAUUCGGAGAAGCGCCACACAGACGGCACCUUCACCAGCGACGUGAGCGCCUACCUCAACGACCGGGCGGUCAAAGAGUUUGUCGCCAGGCUCAAAUCGGGGCAAGUCUGAAGAGCAUCGGAAGCGAAGAGGAGGGUUGACAGCAGGAGGCACGUAGACGGGAGCUUCACCAGCGAUGUGAACAAGGUGCUGGACUCCAUGGCCGCCAAGGAGUAUUUACUCUGGGUCAUGACCUCCAAACCCUCAGGGGAAAGUCAGAAAAGACAAGAAGACCAAUGA